UCUAUUUUCCUCUUUCAUCCUCCCUCCUGGCUUUCCAUGCCUUGGCCCUUUGGUUUUCCAUGGAAUUAACCAUAAUCUCCCGGUAUUAAAUCUGGUGGAACUUCUCCGUCGACGACAAAUAAGGGGCAGAGACACCCAACCCUCCCCAGAGACAAGGCAGCGGAGUGGGACGGGAGGAGCUUCUAGAAAUUUUCCUUGGAAUUUCCCGUUGGGGCAGGCCAUAUGCCCAUAUGGCAGCCCACUGGAGGCGACUAAAUCCGUUAGUCGUAUUAUCUGACGUAGUUCGUUUCCCUCUGUCCGUUGUGGAGCUGAGCUCCUGUUCACGACAGGGGUGUGUCCUUAAUUUUUUUUUCUUUUUUUUUAAAUUUGAUUUUUCGAUUUUGAUUUUUUAUUUUUAUUAUUUUUUAAAUUAUCGAUUUUUUUUUGUCAAUCAUCCUGGUCACCAGAAUGACGGGAAAGAGAAUAAAAAUAAAAAUAAAAAGGCGUGGAUCAGAACAUUAUAUAUUAAGCACCGUCUGACCUCUUUUUGGGUUUCUUUCUUUCUCUCUUCCAAUCUUCAAAUCCAAAGACUUUGAGCACUUUCACGUUGCCUACUACUACCACCACCA